UGGAGAAUUGUCAGAUGUCCAAUGUCCAAUGUCAAUGGCUGUACCUUGGUAGGUUUAUAUUCAAGCAACCUCCCGAGACGGACUUCACAGGAUCAACAGUAGGAUUUCCUCGUUCGUUUUAAUUUUUGUCUCUCCUCGCUUUUCUUUUAUAACACCGUCGACGAACGAUCAGAUCAGAACAGCGAUCCUCCCCACACACGAGAAAAGAAGACAGAAAGAGAGAAAGGAAGUAAGCAAGAAAGGAAUAAAGCAACCAACCAACCUACCAGACAUCCAAGUCCUCUCCUCGCCUUGCCUCCCAGAGAUCUCCACGCGCCCUUCUCCUACUCACCGGGAAUCGCCAGAGGACCAACCUUUUCCUUCCGACCUCGAAGCCGAUCGGAACCCCUCCCCAUCCAUAUCUUCCAGUAGAAGAAGAUCACCCGCCCACCCGAUACCAUGGCGGACAUCGUCGAAGAGGAACUCCGCGCCCGUCUGAAGGCCGCGGAGAACCCUGCUGCCUCUUCGUCGUCGUCGGUCGCCAAGGAUCUGUUCGCGGGCGCGGUUGGCGGUGUCGCGCAGGUCUUGAUCGGUCAACCGUUUGACAUCGUAAAAGUCCGGCUCCAAACCACCAACGAGUACAAAGGCGCCCUAGACUGCGCCUCCCGCAUCCUCAAAAACGAAGGCGCCGCCGCCUUCUACAAAGGCACGCUCACCCCGCUCAUCGGGAUAGGCGCCUGCGUGUCCGUGCAGUUCGGCGCCUUCAACUACGCCAAACGGGCCUUCGAAGCCAGCAACUCUUCCUCCUCCUCCUCCUCCUCCAACCUCCUCGACCCCGCCCCCCUCUCCUACACCCAGUACUACCUCUCCGGCGCCUUCGCCGGCAUCGCCAACACGUUGCUCUCCGCGCCCAUCGAGCACAUCCGCAUCCGCAUGCAGACGCAACCCCACGGCCCCGCGCGCCUGUAUUCCGGCCCGCUGGACUGCAUCCGACAGCUGUCGCGGUCGCCGAGCGUCUCGCACGGCCUGUACCGCGGCACGAGCGUGACGCUGCUGCGGGAGGCGCAGGCCUACGGCUUCUGGUUUUUGUCUUUCGAGUAUCUGAUGGGGGCCGACCAGGCGCGGAACGGCAUUCUGCGCAAGGACGUCCCGACUUGGAAGGUCGCGCUGUACGGCGGCCUGGCCGGCGAAAUGCUCUGGAUCGCCUCCUACCCCUUCGACGUCAUCAAGAGCAAGAUGCAGACGGAUGGGUUCGGGGCCGAGCGGAGGUUCGCCAGCAUGCGGGAUGCCUUCGCGCAGACGUGGAGGGCGGAGGGCAUGAGGGGCUUCUGGAGGGGCAUCGGCCCGACGCUGACGAGGGCGUUACCCGUCAGCAGCGGGACGUUUGUCACGGUCGAGAUGGUGCUGAGGUUGCUUUCGUAGAGAGGGAAACAGAAUCAGGGAAGUGCGAAGCGAGGUGGAGCACUUCGACGUUUUGCUUUUCGGCCUCGAGGCUGUUCUAUAGAUCUCUUUCUAGGGCUUCGUGUCGAUAUGGCAUGUGGGAGGAACAAACACGGACAUUGUAUCGGUUCGAGAUGGACAGAACAGCGGUCGAUGAAACCAUAAGCCCCAUUGCUGCACGCGGGGAGAAUCUUUUUUGGUUUUUGGUGCCCCCCGUGCUCACCGUCUCCCCGUCCCUUGUCACAUGCUCCUCACCCGGGAAACCCUCCCCUCGCCAUCUUCUUCGCCCGCUGGUUCCGGCGAUUGUGGUUCGCCCGACUGCCUUUGCUCGCCUCCUUCCGACGCUGGGCGUGCGCGGUGCUCGCCUC